AUGUAUACCUUAUAUUUUCUAAAGACACAAACUUAUCCAGGUGACAGACAUUUUCAAGAAGAUCGUGCUAAUGAUGGCGACUAUAUCACAUGUUUCCCAGAAGUUUCUUGGAAUGAUUCAUCAAUUCUGUCUGAUGAUUUUAUGAAAGGGCUAGGAGAAGAUGAAAAUAAGACAUUUUCAAAUAUAAACGUCUUAGAUGAUCAGAAUUCUGAAGGUGGAAAUCGUCCCACUACUAUAUUGUCCCACCAUCUAAGUUUGCCUAGUAGUUCUGCCGAGAUAUCUGCAAUGGAAAAAAUGUGGCAGGAUUCGGUACCAUGUAAGAUAAGAGCAAAACGAGGUUGUGCUACUCACCCACGUAGCAUCGCAGAAAGGGUGAGAAGAACAUGA